UUAAGUAAUUUUGCACCAUCAGCAUAUCUAGAUCCAUCUGCCCAAUUAUAUUUGCGUGAGAAUGAACUUUUCCCACCAUUUUAUUAUAUGGCUACAUUUGAUAUAUUUGCCAAAACAAGCUCUAGCACAAAUCAGCUAUUAAGUCCACAAGAACUGUUUGCACUGGGAAGACCUUUAUGGGACCUUUUGAAACCGGCAGAACAAAAGCUCUUGGUAUUGGGUGGAGGUAUAACUGUGCCUAACUGGCUCAAAAAACCAGCCCUUGCUGUUUUGUCUUCUCGUAUUUCACUUGAUAUCACAGCUGAAUCACAUGUUUCUUCAGAACUAGUUGCUGGGUUCAUGGGGAUAUGUGUUCAUGUUUCAGAGGAUCAACAUCAACUAUUGGCAUUCUAUCCAUCUGAACCAAUACUUGCUGAGGCUGCUGCAUCACUUAUGCAAUGUGAAAGAGUGUUUGGAAAAUUACUCAGCUUCUUGCUGGAUGCACUACAGACUGGAUAUGUAAAACCUGGCUAUUGUGGAGAAUUGGUUGCCCACCUGCUUUUGACAAUUGCUUGGGAUCAAGCUACUAAAAAUAAAGAAAUAUUAUCAUUACAUAAUAAUAAAGCCUUGGGAUACACAAAGGAUCAGAAGAACUAUGAAGAUGAGAUCCAAGGCCUCCCUCAUACUCAAAGGCUUGCUAAUGGAUUACUUGCAUUUACACAUUUUAUUCCACUUACUAUUACUUACACCCCAACCCAGACAGAAUUAAGGAGUUUGUUUAUUCGCUUUGCAGCUGUAAUAUGUAAGCAUAACCAAGCAGGAGUUGACUUAAUACUUCCAGUUUGGUUGGUAUUGGUUCAGGAUGGAUCUAACCAUAUAUCAUCUGAUUUAAUGUCUUACUUUCUAAUUCAAAUCAAAAAUUGGAACAAGUUUUAUGAUGAUGAUUGGCCUGCUUCAGCCACAAGCAAGCUCUCAAAGAAAUAUGUCUUCAAAAGUGAGAGUGCUAGUACAGGAGAAGAAGGCAACCUAUUACCAUACCUAUCUUUGUACCUUCAACUGGGUGCUCAAAAGCCAAAAUUGCAAUCACUCCAUAUUGGCAAACUUGCCAGGUUUAAACACAAGAUCAAAAAAGAAGGCAAGACUUGA